UUGCUUGGUUCCGAUUUCCGCGCCCCGCGGACUGCGAUUGAGUUUGAGUCCGGCAUCACAUGUGCAAAAUAUUGAAUUUAACGUUUAAUUAACAUAAUAUAAAAGUAUAAAUCCUCAUAAUUUUGUGUAAAAAUGGAGUUCUUAGAAUAUAAUGAUGUAACCGCAGAGAUAAAGGGGACUAUGGUGCCUGGGAGGUUAAAAAUGACAGAUCAAAAUAUAAUAUUCAAAAACAGCAAAACUGGCAAAGUUGAACAGAUAUCAGCUAAUGAUAUUGAACUUGUGAAUUUUCAAAAGUUCAUUGGAUCAUGGGGCUUAAGAUUGUUUUUGAAAAAUGGCACAUUACACAGAUAUGGAGGUUUCAAGGAUGGGGAACAAGAAAAGGUUGCAAAGUUUUUCAAGAGCAACUACCAUAAAGAUAUGCUGGAAAAGGAACUAUCACUCAAGGGAUGGAACUGGGGUACAGCUAAGUUUAAUGGAGCUGUACUGAGUUUUAAUGUUGGAACCAACACUGCUUUUGAGAUACCUUUACACUAUGUGUCACAGUGCAAUACUGGCAAAAAUGAAGUGACACUGGAGUUUCAUCAGAAUGAUGAUACACCUGUCUCAUUAAUGGAGAUGAGAUUCCACAUUCCCACAAGUGAACUGGCGGGUGACAUGGAUGCCGUUGAAGCCUUCCACCAGCAAGUCAUGAAUAAAGCAAGUGUUAUCUCUGUCUCUGGGGAUGCUAUUGCUAUCUUCAGGGAAUUGCAGUGCCUUACUCCUCGUGGUCGCUACGACAUUAAGGUAUUCCAAACGUUUUUCCAACUUCACGGUAAAACAUUUGACUACAAGAUCCCAAUGUCGACAGUGCUACGACUAUUCUUAUUACCGCACAAAGACACGAGACAAAUGUUUUUCGUAGUGUCAUUGGAUCCUCCCAUAAAACAAGGUCAAACAAGAUACCACUAUUUGGUACUGUUGUUUGGUAUUGAAGAGGAAACGAGUUUGGAGCUACCUUUUACAGAGGAAGAAUUGAAAGAGAAAUAUGAGGGAAAAAUCACAAAAGAAUUAUCGGGACCAACUUACGAGGUGCUCGCUAAAAUAAUGAAAGUUAUCAUCAACCGAAGAGUCACAGGACCUGGAGACUUUUUAGGACACCACAAGACGCCGGCCAUCGCGUGCUCGUACAAGGCCGCGGCCGGCUACCUGUACCCGCUGGAGAAGGGCUUCAUCUACGUGCACAAGCCGCCCGUGCACAUUCGCUUCGAGGAGAUCGCGUCGGUCAACUUCGCCAGAGGUGGCGCUUCCUCUACCAAAUCCUUUGACUUCGAGAUAGAACUGAAAUCUGGCAGUAUACACACAUUCAGCAGUAUAGAGAAGGGAGAAUACGACAAACUAUUCGAUUACAUUACAUCUAAGAAACUCCAUGUUAAGAACACUGGAAAGAAUGUAAGUAAAUUUACGGACAAGGCGCUGUACGACGACGACUUCGGCGACUCGGACACGGAGAAGGAGCCGGACGCGUACCUCGAGCGCGUCAAGGCGGAGGCCAAGGAGCGGGAGUCCGACGACAGCGACGACGAGAGCACCGACGAGGACUUCAACCCCGACAAGGCCAAGGAGAGCGACGUCGCGGAAGAAUAUGACACCAAUCCGUCAUCAUCAGAAGACUCUGACGCUUCGGGUGCCUCUGCUGACAGCAAGAAAGAAAAGAAAAAAGAGAAAAAACCUAAAAAGACCAUCACUAUUUCGGAAGCUCCGCGCAAGCGUAAAGAAAAGUCCAAGAAGCGUGAAAAAGAUGCAAACGCGCCGAAGCGCCCGUCGACCGCCUUCAUGCUGUGGCUGAACGAGAACCGCAAGGGUAUAUUAGAAGACAACCCCGGCAUCAAGGUCACGGAGAUCGCUAAAAAGGGUGGCGAACUUUGGCGCGAUCUUAAGGACAAGACUGAAUGGGAAGAAAAGGCUAAUAAAGCAAAGGAAGAAUACAAUCAAGCAAUGAAGAAGUACAAGGAUAGUGGCGCGGCAGAUGAGUUCAAACAAAAAAAGAAACAAGCUGAGAAGGAACGUAAAGCUGCAGACAAAAAAACUAAAGCUCCAGCAAGUAAAAAAGUUAAAACCGUCGCUGCAAGCUCUAGUUCAGGGAAGUUUACCAGCAAGGAGUAUAUUGAAGAUGAUGAUAGCUCCUCUGACUCGGAUAAGGAGAAAAAAGAUAAAAAGGAUAAAAAGGACAGCAAAGAGAGUAAGGAAUCAAAGAAGGAAAAAGAAAAAGCUAAACAUUCCUCAUCGGAAGCUGCGUCUUCGGGCUCAGACGAGACCGGUAGCGGGAGCGAUAGCGAAUAAUGUAUAACACUAAAACCCCCCUAAUGCGAUAGCGUGAUAUGAUUAAGUUAAGUUUUUGUUAUGUAUGAAUAAAUAUAUAAUGAGAGAAUGUAAAUUUUAAUAAUUUAGUUAUACUUAUGGUUUUUUUGGCUCUAUUUAAUGAUGACAAGUAAACCUGU